AUGCAAGAACAAGGUGUGCGCCAUGAUGAUCCAGAAUAUAUCAAAGCCCACGGGCUCCUUUCUGCCGUCCAAAGACAGCAAGCCUUCCAAAAACAACGUCAAUUAGCGCAACAACAGCAGCAGCUUCAGAACCAACGACUACAACUCGCACAACAACAGCAGCAACAACAACAGCAACAGUCGCAGCCGCAAUCGCAGUCGCAACAACCCAAUGGUAUUCCCAACGAUAACCUGGCUAAUGGUGUUGAUGGCCGAAACGGAUCAGUGGGCCCCAUGUCGAGCGGUACCAGUCAGGAUCCCACUACAACCGCUGCGCCUGGGCAACAGUCGAUCUCUGCAACUCAGCAACAAGGGAACGCUGCCACCUCGAAACCUGCACCUUCGACUGGAGGCGCGUUCUCGCCAGAACAACUGACUACAUUGAGAAAUCAGAUUCUUGCGUUCAAAAUGCUUUCCAAAAACCUUGCCAUACCGCCGCGGGUUCAACAGCAGCUUUUCGCGAAGAAAACAAACCUGGUAGCUACUGAUGGUGUUGCGCCUCCAGACAAUGUUGACAAUAUAGCGCAAUCCCAAGGAAGUCAACCUAUUGAGCUCAAUGAGAAUGCCAAUAAAUCGAGGACAAUGCACGAAACGUUCGAGUCGCCAUACAAGGCUCUUGCUGAAACCAUCAACUACGAUGAUCAUUCUUUCCGGAGGCAUAGGCGGAGAAUCCCCAGCAUCAUGCCAAUGGGUAUUGAUAUCGAGAAGCUGAGGGAGGACCAAGAAACUACCUUGUACAAUUUAAUAACCGCCCGAAAAGCUGAAUUGGGGAAACUACCCGCAAACCUAGGGGUUUGGAACACGGACAAGAGUGAUGCUCCUGAUGGAGAUGAUUCUCUCAAACUCCAGGCUUUAAUUGAGUACAAAAUGCUAAAUCUAUUGCCGAAGCAGAGACUUUUCCGCAAGCAGAUCCAAACCGAGAUGUUCCACUUCGAUAACCUGGCCAUGUCAGCCAAUCGGGCUGGUCAUCGUCGCAUGAAGAAGCAGUCUCUACGGGAGGCUAGAGUUACAGAGAAACUUGAGAAGCAACAACGAGAUGCGCGAGAAUUGAGGGAGAGAACGAAGCAAUCUGAACAACUUCAAGCUAUCCUCAAUCAUGGUCGUGAGGUCCAACUUGCGGCAAGCCAGCAACGCGCACGGAUGCAAAAACUCGGACGCCUCAUGCUCAAACAUCAUCAGGAUAUGGAGCGUGAUGAACAGAAGCGUGUGGAACGAACAGCCAAACAACGUCUGCAAGCGUUGAAAGCCAAUGAUGAAGAGACGUAUAUGAAACUGCUUGGCCAAGCUAAAGAUUCUCGGAUUUCUCACCUACUUAAACAAACCGACGGCUUCCUCCGGCAACUGGCUGCUUCCGUCAAGGAACAACAGAAAAGCACGGCGCAAAAAUAUGGCGAGGAAGACCGAUUUGAUGACGAUGAGUCAGAUUUCGAUGACGAUGAUGACGAAGUAGAAGAGGGUGGAAGGAAAGUUGAUUAUUAUGCUGUUGCUCAUCGCAUCAAAGAAGAGGUCUCAGUACAGCCAAGUAUCCUUGUCGGAGGGACUCUCAAAGAAUAUCAGAUCAAGGGUCUCCAGUGGAUGAUAUCUCUUUAUAACAACAACCUUAACGGUAUCUUAGCGGACGAGAUGGGUCUCGGAAAGACCAUCCAAACGAUAAGUUUGAUCACUUACCUGAUUGAAAAGAAAAAGCAAAAUGGACCGUUUUUGGUUAUUGUUCCACUCAGCACGCUUACCAAUUGGAAUAUUGAGUUUGAGAAGUGGGCGCCAUCCGUGACUCGUAUCGUAUAUAAGGGGCCUCCAACGACACGAAAACAGCAGCAGCAAGCGAUCCGGUGGGGUAAUUUCCAGGUUCUCUUGACAACUUAUGAGUACAUCAUCAAAGACAGACCUGUCCUAAGCAAGGUUAAGUGGGUUCACAUGAUUGUUGAUGAAGGUCAUCGUAUGAAAAAUGCCGGUUCGAAGUUGAGCUGUACUUUGACACAAUAUUACACUACUCGCUAUCGUCUAAUUUUGACGGGUACCCCAUUGCAAAACAACCUUCCUGAACUUUGGAAUCUUCUAAAUUUCGUUCUGCCGAACAUCUUCAAGUCCGUCAAAUCCUUUGAUGAAUGGUUCAACACUCCUUUUGCCAAUACUGGAGGACAAGACCGCAUGGAUUUGACUGAAGAAGAGCAGUUGCUCGUUAUCCGGCGACUGCACAAGGUUCUUCGUCCAUUCCUAUUGAGACGUCUAAAGAAGGACGUGGAGAAGGAUCUCCCGGAGAAAACGGAACGAGUGAUAAAAUGCCGAUUCUCUGCAUUACAAGCCAAACUGUAUAAGCAACUCGCUACACACAAUAAACUGAUCGUUAGCGAUGGGAAAGGUGGCAAGACAGGUGUGCGCGGAUUGAGUAACAUGCUGAUGCAGCUGCGGAAACUCUGUAACCACCCUUUCGUCUUUGAAUCUGUUGAGGACGAAAUGAACCCUGGAAGAGCUACAAAUGACUUGAUAUGGCGGACGGCUGGUAAAUUCGAACUGCUGGACAGGAUCUUACCCAAAUUCCAAGCGUCGGGACAUCGCGUUUUGAUGUUCUUCCAAAUGACGCAAAUUAUGAAUAUUAUGGAAGAUUUCUUAAGGCUUCGGGGCAUGAAGUAUCUUCGUCUUGACGGCUCAACCAAGUCCGACGACCGAUCAGACCUAUUGAAGGAAUUCAAUGCUCCUGGUUCAGAUUACUUUUGUUUCCUUCUUUCCACUCGUGCCGGUGGUCUUGGUUUAAAUCUGCAAACUGCAGACACAGUUAUUAUCUACGACUCUGAUUGGAACCCUCACCAGGAUUUACAGGCGCAAGAUCGAGCCCAUCGUAUCGGCCAGAAGAACGAGGUCCGAAUUCUCCGACUUAUCACCUCCAAUUCCGUUGAAGAGCGAAUUCUCGAGGCGGCCCAAUUUAAACUGGACAUGGAUGGGAAAGUCAUCCAGGCAGGAAAAUUCGACAACAAAUCCACAAACGAGGAACGUGAUGCAUUGUUACGUACUCUUUUGGAGAGCGCCGAAACCGCUGAUCAAAUUGGCGAUCAGGAUGAGAUGGAUGAUGACGACCUUAAUGAUAUCAUGGCCCGAUCCGAGGAAGAAAUACUCCUGUUCCAGAAAAUUGAUCAGGAACGCUCCAAAAACGACCUUUAUGGUCCUGGACGCAAAUAUCCCCGUCUGAUGGCUGAGGAGGAAUUGCCUGAUAUCUAUCUGGCGGAAGAUAACCCGGCCCCUGAAGAGGUGGAAGAGUUUGCUGGCCGUGGCGCACGUGAAAGGAAGGUCAUGAAAUAUGAUGAUGGGCUAACAGAAGAACAAUGGCUCAUGGCCGUGGAUGCGGAUGAUGACACUAUCGAAGAUGCGAUUGCCAGAAACGAAGCCAAGUUGGACCGAAGACGGCAAAACAAAGAGAAACGGGCGAAGAAAGCCCAAGGCGUCGCCGACUCAUCCCCAGAACCAUCCAGGGAAAACUCGGAAGCUCCCCAGCAGCCGAAGAAGCGUCGAAAGGGUCCCGUACCGAAGCGAAAAGCGGAGGAAGUUAUCGAUGAAACCCCCGUCAAACGAAAGAAGGGUCGACUCAGUAAAGCCGCCAUGGCCGCAGCGGACACCCUGGCUCCAUCCGAGCGCGCCGUCCUCCAGAAGAUUCUCAACAAUGUCUACCAAAGCCUCAUGGAGCUCGAACAAGAGAUCCCUGCUGAUUCAUCAGAUAGUGAAGAUGAACCCAUAACCAGAUCCAUUAUCGAGCCCUUCAUGAAGCCGCCUCCCAAAAGUCAUUACCCCGAUUACUACAUGGUCAUCCAAACGCCUAUAGCGAUGGAUAUGAUUCGGAAGAAGAUUAAUCGGGAGGAGUAUCGCAGUUUGAAGGAGUUUCGGGAAGAUAUCCGGCUGCUGUGCAAUAAUGCGCGCACAUAUAAUGAAGAUGGCAGCGUUCUUUUCCAGGAUGCUAAUGAUAUUGAGGCCCUAUGCGUCUCCGAACUCAAGAAGGAAACUGAGAAUCGUCCCGAAUUCGCCGAUUUCGAGGAAACGGCUGCGUCUUCCGCUGCGGUAUCUAGUGUCGGGACCCCGCUUGCUUCUACUGUGUUAACAUCAACACCUGGUGGACAGCAGCAGCAGCAACAUCAUCAGAAACUCAAGUUGACAUUCAGUGGUUCCAAAGAUGGUAAUAAUAAUAAUGACAGCGGCGGGCCGUUAACAAAUGGGACAAAUAGCGGGGUUGUAAGUGAUAAUGAAUAAAGCAGAGGAAUGGAAAAGACAAUGAAAAAGGGGAUAAAAAAGUUUGAAGAAGAA